AUGGAGCAAGAGGUACUCCUCAAAGGUAGAAAGAAAGACUCGAUCGAACAAUUUAUUGGUGGCUCCCAGCUAUUUCUUGAAAAUGGGUUGUCACAGCUUCGAUACAUGGUAUUAGUAGAAGGAUUGUCGACCCCUGAAGGAUACGAUCAGUGUCCAUACCGUUCAUACGUGUGGAGCAUACUAUGUCGAGUUCCACCAUUUCCAACUGAACAAUAUUUGCAAUUAUUAGAAACUUCAAGUCAGACCCUCCCAGAUGAAUUACUAAUCAAAAUAAAAAACGAUACUUUCCGUACUUUGAUGAACGAUAAAAAAUUCCAUCUGAAAGUCAACGAGGAAUCUUUGAUUAGAAUACUAUCGUGCAUUGGAAUAACUACAGAAGUUGGCUAUGUUCAGGGCUUGAAUGUUCUAUUGGCGCCCAUAGCAUAUGUUUGUCACAAAAGUGAACCUCAGGCAUUUGCAAUCUUGCACAACUUGAUAACGAAACAAAUCCCAUUAUAUAUUACCCCUAAUAUGGAAGGUGUCCACACGGGCCUACAAUUGGUUGAUGUUGUUUUAAAAAUAAUAGAUCCUGUCUUGAGUGAUUACCUAGACUCUAAGUUUCUAAAGGCAAAGAUAUACGCAUUCCCGUCAGUACUAACUUUAUGUUCGUGUACUCCACCUUUAAAGUCGGUUUUAAAACUUUGGGACUUUCUAUUCGCGUAUGGCACUCAUAUUAAUGUGCUCUUUGUGGUGGCACAAUUAAUUAUCUGUCGGUCCAGCAUUUUGGAAAGUGAACAACCAAUGAAAAUCUUAAGAACUUGGCCAAGUUUGGAAGAAAAUGAAAUCAUAAAGUUGAGUCUCAGUUUCAUACCUGAAUUACCAGAGAAGCUCUAUGAUUUGAUAGCUAGACAUGGUUACGAUAAAAAAGUUCCUAAAGAAUUGGCAAGAUUUUUAGACGAAAAAUAA